AUGUCGACAAAGGUCAAGACUGGUCAGCUCUGGGGAAAGAGCAAGGAUGAUCUCACCAACCAGCUGGAGGAGUUGAAGACCGAGCUCAACCAGCUCCGUGUCCAGAAGAUCGCUGGCGGUGCCUCCUCGAAGACCCAGAGAAUCCACGACGUUCGCAAGUCGAUCGCUCGCGUUCUCACCGUCAUCAACCUCAACCAGCGCGCCCAGCUCCGCUUGUUCUACAAGAACAAGAAGUUCCUCCCUCUCGACCUCAGACCCAAGUACACCCGUGCCCUGCGCCGCAGACUCACCAAGAACGAGGCCGCCAAGAAGACCGAGAAGCAGCGCAAGAAGGAGAUCCACUUCCCCCAGCGGAAGUACGCCAUUAAGGCUUAA